AUGUCCAGUAAGUCCUCUGCUGCCCGCUUUGUGCGGACUGGCUUCCCAGGUCUGGAGGCAGCUCACCCCUGGGUCUCCACCCCCCUGCUGGUGGUCUACGUCUCGGUGCUUCUCGGCAACGGCUCCCUCCUCUACCUCAGGGGGGAGCACGGUUUCCACGAGCCCAUGGACUAUUUCCUGGCCAUGCUGGCCGGCACGGAUCUGACCGUGACACUGGCCACGAUGCCGACUGUCCUGGGUGUCUUGUGGCUGAAUCAGCGAGAGAGAAGCCACGGGGCCUGCUUCCUGCAGGCCUACUGCAUUCACUCCCUUUCCAUCGUCGAGUCGGGCAUCCCGCUCGCCAUGGCCCGUGACCGUUUCAUUGCCAUCUGCCAUCCCUUGAGACACGCGGCCGUCCUCACCAACACGCGUGUGGUCAGGGUAGGGAUGGGAGCUUUUAUGAGAGGUUUUCUAUCCAUCCUGCCUGUGAUCCUGCGUCUUUUUUCUUUUCCAUACUGCCGCUCUCACGUCCUCGCCCACGCUUUCUGUCUCCAUCAGGAAGUCAUGACCCUGGCCUGUGCUGACACCGCUUUCAAUAGACUUUACCCCGUAGUUCUCAUUUCCUUCACAGUCUUCCUGGAUGCUCUCAUCAUUCUCUUCUCGUACAUCCUCAUUCUUAAGACAGUCGUGGGCAUCGCCUCCGGGGAGGAGCGAUCCAAGGCCCUCAAUGCCUGCAUCUCCCACAUCGGCUGUGUCCUCAUCUUCUACGUCACUGUGACCGGUCUGUCGUUCGUCCACAGGUUUGGGCGGAAUGUGCCACAAGUGGUGCACGUGACCAUGAGCUACAUCUACUUCCUCUUCCCCCCCUUAAUGAAUCCUAUCAUCUACAGCAUCAAGACCAAGCAGAUUCAGCACGGCAUUCUCCGCCUUUUAUCUAAACAUAGGCUGAGACGUUAA